AUGUGCUCAGGCACCGUGAGCGCGGUGUCAGGGAUUAAAAACGCCCUGCAUCUGGCACAGAACUGGCUGAGAGCUAUUGAAGGAGAUGCGGAACGUAAAGCCGACCCGACACGGCGAACAGCCUUGGAUGUGCUGGUGGCGGUCUUGGCCCUACUUGCCGCAACCGCCUCGGUGCUGGGAAGCAUAGCUUUCGGCUGGUGGGUGUUGUGGUGCACCAGCCUCCACACCAUUGGGAUGUUUCGCGACUUGAUGGGACUCAACAGAGCUGCCAAGGCGGAUGCCAAGCGGCGAGCACAUGCCGAGAUCCAGGCACUCAAGGUGAGCCAGCUUAGUCAACAGCACGGCUUCGGCAGCAAGGCGCGGCCACCUCUUCCGUGCACACGUUACAUCACGGGGCAUCUAGAGAACUAG